CCAGGCCCGGUGCGCGCGUGCGUGAGCGCGCCUGCGCCGCCCGGGCCGCUGCAAGGGGAGGAGAGCGGCAGCCUCAGGAGGAUUUCUUUUGCCCCAGAAAUUACUCAAUGCUGAAACCUUUCAAAGCGGCAUUAGAGACCUUGGAAGCAUCAUGGAUGGAUUUUAUGAUCAGCAAGUCCCUUUUAUGGUCCCCGGGAAAUCCCGAUCAGAGGAAUGCCGAGGGCGGCCUGUGAUUGACAGAAAGAGGAAGUUUCUGGACACAGAUCUGGCUCACGAUUCUGAAGAGUUGUUUCAAGAUCUCAGUCAACUUCAAGAGGCUUGGUUAGCUGAAGCACAAGUUCCUGAUGAUGAACAGUUUGUCCCAGAUUUCCAGUCUGAUAACUUGGUGCUUCAUGCCCCUCCUCCAACCAAGAUCAAGCGGGAGCUGCACAGCCCCUCCUCUGAGCUGUCAUCCUGUAGUCACGAGCAGGCUCUUGGUGCUAACUAUGGAGAAAAGUGCCUCUACAACUAUUGUGCCUAUGAUAGGAAGCCUCCCUCCGGGUUCAAGCCAUUAACCCCUCCCGCCACUCCCCUGUCGCCCACACAUCAGAAUUCCCUGUUUCCCCCGCCUCAGGCUGCUUUGCCCGCCUCAGCGCAUGCCCCCACAGCUGGCCCAGUGCAAGGCGUGGGCCCCGCGCCCACCCCCCAUACACUUCCAGAGCCUGGACCACAGCAGCAAACGUUUGCCGUUCCCCGGCCGCCACAUCAGCCCCUGCAGAUGCCAAAGAUGAUGCCAGAAAACCAGUAUCCAUCAGAACAGAGAUUUCAGAGACAACUGUCUGAACCCUGCCACCCCUUCCCUCCGCAGUCAGGCGUUCCCGGAGACAACCGCCCCAGUUACCACCGGCAAAUGUCAGAACCUAUUGUCCCUGCAGCUCCCCCACCCCCUCAGGGAUUCAAACAGGAAUACCACGACCCGCUGUAUGAGCACGGGGUGCCAGGGAUGCCAGGCCCCCCCACGCAUGGGUUCCAGUCACCAAUGGGAAUCAAGCAGGAGCCCCGGGAUUACUGCGUUGAUUCAGAAGUGCCUAACUGCCAGUCAUCCUACAUGAGAGGGGGGUAUUUCUCCAGCAGCCAUGAGGGUUUUUCCUAUGAAAAAGACCCCCGGUUGUACUUCGAUGACACUUGCGUCGUGCCUGAGAGACUGGAAGGCAAGGUCAAACAGGAGCCCACCAUGUACCGGGAGGGACCCCCUUACCAGAGGCGAGGGUCCCUUCAGCUCUGGCAGUUCCUGGUCACCCUUCUGGAUGACCCAGCCAACGCCCACUUCAUCGCCUGGACAGGCCGGGGCAUGGAGUUUAAGCUGAUAGAGCCAGAGGAGGUCGCUCGCCGUUGGGGCAUCCAGAAGAACCGGCCGGCCAUGAACUAUGACAAGCUGAGCCGAUCUCUGCGCUAUUACUAUGAGAAGGGCAUCAUGCAAAAGGUGGCCGGAGAGCGAUACGUCUACAAAUUCGUCUGUGACCCGGAUGCCCUGUUCUCCAUGGCCUUCCCGGACAACCAGCGUCCGUUCCUGAAGGCGGAGUCCGAGUGCCCCCUCGGCGAGGAGGACACCCUGCCGUUGACCCACUUCGAAGACAACUCUGCUUACCUCCUGGACGUGGAGCGCUGCGGCAGCCUCCCCUAUGCUGAGGGCUUCGCUUACUAAGUUUCCGAGUGGCUGAGCAGCCAAACCCUAGAGCUAGCAGUUCCCAUUCAGGCAAACGAGGGCAGUGGUUUUGUUUGUGUUUUUGGCUGUUCCUAAAGCUUGCCCUUUAAGUAUUAUCUGGAGAACCCAAGCCGUCUCUGGAUCGACACCCUUCAAGACAGAUCCCUUGGCGGGGCAGUAGGAACAGGGAGGGGCAGAAACCUCUCCCCCCAAGGCUGGUGCCUCAACUCUGAGUCUGAGGAGGUUUCUGGGCAGAGAUCAGAACGGUGCCUCCCCGCCAUGGACAAUAUAUGCAAAGCAAUACCUUGUUCAGGUUCAUGCCCGCCAGACGGGACAGAGUGUGUGACAAUCCGCCUCGAUCGUGGACUACUACAUGCCUUUACGUAGAAGGGCUCCGAUUUGCACAACUUAUUGAAAGAGAAAUCACGAACCCAUAGAAAACUAGGCAGGCUAAGUCGGGGAGGCGCGAAGCAUUAAGGGUUAAAAAUGUAUCUUGAAAUGUGGAGAGCUCUUCUGGCUCCCCCUUGGUCCUGAGUAAAAAGGGGAGGAGCCAGAAUAGCCAAUACCCACUCCGUGGUUCUCAAAUCAUAAACCAUUGCCACUCUUGGGAACCUUUGGGCCAUAUGGUCACCAAGUAGAGCAAGCCCCCUUUCUCUUCCCAGUCACGUGGCUGAGUGUGGAUGGCUUUCAUUUUAGGCGAAGGGCGAUUAACACUUUUGACAGUAUUUUGUUUUGCUUUGAUUCAGGGGAUUGUUUUGUUUUGGUGGUUGUUUUGGAAAAACAGUUUAUAAACUGAUUUUUGUAGUUUUGGUAUUUAAAGCAAAAAAAAAAAACACAAAAAACAAAAAAACCACAAACCUUUUGGUAACUGUGCACUGUGUCCUUUAGCCAGGGCCGUGCCGACUUCUGAAGACGCUGCAGCUUGUAAGGGGCUUCGCUGGGGGCUCCCCCUUAGCCACGUCUAAGCCCGCUUCGUUGCCUGCUUUGUGCUUUCUGCACCAGACAACCUGAUGGAAUGUUUGCACCUGAGUUGUACAUUUUCGGUGUGUGCAGGGCAGCCUGGACACAAGCUUAAUUCUUUGUGUAUAGUUCCCCCAUGUUCACCGACACGCCCUCUCGGGAAAGCAUAUGUACAUAAUCCGCGUCAUGCCCACGUGAAGUGUGGUCCCUUGUUGGGAACGCUGGGGAUUCUCUCCUGGGCAUGACUGAUGACAAUUUCCAUUUCAUUCGUUUCUUUUGUUUUCUUUUUUCUUUCAAUCUUGGACUUUUAAAUCCUACCUAUGAUUCAGUAGGGUUUGAGACUUAACGUGUGACACUGACAGGUAAAAAAACAGUGCUAGCAUUCUAGUUUCCUGCCAUUUUUUUUUUAAGUUUAUUCUGAUUACUGUAUUAUAUUGGAAAAGUUUUAAACAGCCAAGCUAAAGCUCUGGGAAAGUUGAGCCCAAGUAGAGGAAAAAUGACUAGAAAGCGGUGGUACUUCACUGCCUGCUCUGUGGAUAGGCAAUUAGCAUAGCAAGGAUGCCCGCUGUCCUCGGAUGUGAGAGGAGGAGACAUUGCUGAGUCUGUGUUGCUGUGGCUGUCCAGAGCACGCCAGAGCACGCCGUAGUCUCCAGGAGUUCCCCAUCUGACCAACAACACAUUUGGGAAGAGGUUCCCAAAGAGAAGGGGUGCAUUUUAGAGCUAUGAACUCGUGAUUUUCCUCCGUUGGAAGCUAAUUAGCCCACAAAGGUGUUUGACCCUCUCACUUGGGCUGUAAUUAGCAUUGUACUCUAAUCAAAGGACUCUUUCUAAACCGUAUUUAUAGCUUUCUAACCUCCACAUAGACUAUACAUAGAUGCAUACUUUACCCCCAGCUGGCUAGAGAUUUAUUUGUUGUAAAUGCUGUAUAGAUUUGGUUUACCUUUCUUUACUUAUCCUGGUUUGGGAUUUUUUUUUUUUUUUUUGAUGAAUUUAUGCUCUCUUAGCAAGUAUGAUAAUAAUAACCCUCCGUAGCCUGAGCUACCCCUCCCCCGCUGUGGCUGCGUGGCCUGUGCUGUCGCGGGACAUAGGAUGGCGGCAUUCCCGUUGCAUUCCCAUUGGACUCAUGCACCUCUCAGAUGGUUUCUGUUUCAUUUCUGGGUCUCGGGGAUUUGCUGGUUUGUUUGCUUCUUUUCCAGAGCGUGGAAAGUCUACAGUGCAGAAAGGCUUCAACUUGCCAGUUGAUUUGAAAUACUUUCCCCUGCGCAGGGCCGUUCACGCCCUGCCAAGCUGCGUUAUAUUCUGUACUGUGUACAAUAAAGAAGUUUGCUUUUCGUUUACCAAG